UUUUAUCUCGAACCAAUUCGAACACCUAAAAGAGAAUGCAUAGAGGGUGAUAAGAAAACUACUAUAUAUCGUUACUUUCUCGAGGGACCGCCGGCAGGAGGAAGAAAAACCCGGGGAAACUUACUUUACGAGGCAAGUGUACGCGCGGGCAGCGAGAACCUACGAAAGAGCACAAUGGUUGUGGAACUGUACAACGCUCCGGGAAGCCCACCAUGCACGUUCGUCAGAGUUGUAGCCAAGAAACUGGGCGUCGAGCUCAAGUUGAACAACUUUAACCUCAUGGCCAAGGAGCACCUCAACCCCGAGUUUGUCAAGUUGAACCCGGUACAUACCGUCCCCACAAUCAACGAUAAUGGUUUUGUUCUUUGGGAAAGCCGUGCCAUCGGGAUGUACCUGGUGGACAAGUAUGCUCCGGAGUCCACGCUGUACCCGAAGGACUUGCAGAAGAGAGCCACCGUCAACAGGCUGCUUUUCUUUGAGUCCGGCACCUUGUUGUCGGCACAGAUGGCAUACUUCCGGCCUAAGUGGUUCAAGGGUCAGGAACCGACAUCAGACCUGAAGGAGGCGUAUGAUAAGGCCCUUGGCACCGCCGUAACGCUGCUGGGAGACAAGAAGUUCCUGUGCGGCGACAACGUCACCCUGGCGGACAUUGGUCUUGCCUGCACGUUGGGAGUAGUGAUUGAGGGAGCUGAGUACGAUGGCCUUGAGAAGUUCCCCCAGUUGAAGGAGUACUACCAGCGCUUCAAGAAGGCCCUCCCCGAGUACGAACAGGUUGCUGCCGAAGCCCUGAAGCUUAUCCGGGACAUGGUGGCUCGCGCAAGGAGCGGACAGAACCCUCAUGGUCCUCCGAAGUACGCCACCGCCAGGCUGCCCAUCAAAAAGGGCCUCCGCCGGAGGGGACGCUACCAAUUCGCGCCCAACUUCCGACGGUUCGUGGUAGGCACUUGCUCCUUCGUGCAGUACUUCGCAGCCAUGCCCGCCAUUCUGUACAACCUCCCCGGCAGCCCACCCUGUGGCUUCGUUCGCUCACUCGCCAAGCACCUGGGAGUGGAGCUUACGCUCAAGGACGUGGACUUUGCGAAGAAAGAACACCUUAGCGAGGAAUACCUCAAGAUCAACCCAUUCCACAAGGUGCCUACCCUCGUCGAUGACGGCUUCGUUGUCUACGAGAGCAAUGCCAUUGCCUACUACCUCCUGCGGAAGUAUGCUCCAGAGUCUGAUCUCUACCCGGAGUGCUACAAGGAGCGAGCACGCAUCGACCAGUGUCUCGCCGCUGUUGCCAGUACUAUCCAGCCACAUCAACUACUGUUCUUCCGUCCACGCUUCUGGGAGAACAAGAAGCCAACUGACGAAGAGGUCACUGCCUUCGAAGAAAAUGUUCUUAAGGGCUUUCAGUAUCUCGUGACGGACCAGUUCGCCACCGGCGACAAGCUCACGCUCGCUGACCUGUGCCUCGUAAGCAACCUGGCCAUCUCUCUCGAGAAUGGGUCUGUGGAUGCUUCAAAGUUCCCUAAGCUGGCUGCCUACUACGAGCGUGUGAAGCCUGAGCUUGCCUACUUCGAAGAAAUCUACAGGCCGUCUAUCACCUACCUUCAGCAGCGUUGGAGCGAGCUUAAAUGAAGUUAGCCACAAUAUCAACAAUGUUUACCUGACUGUUUACGAUUUUGUCUCCUAUACAAUAAAAUA